CUCCUCACUGUAAACAAGUCUGAUUACACAACGGCACCGCAAAGCCUUCAGCAGAACAGGAAGAUAUCAGUGUCAACAUAGCCUGGAAAGCCUACCAUCAUAUUUUUCUCUUUAGCGGCCGAAAAAUUCCCAAACUUUAGCAGCUAAAGUUUUAGCUGUCUUUGGGUUUCAAAAAUAUUGGGAAAUCUUGAUGGGAGAGGGGAAAAAAUAGCGUUAAAAGUUUGGUAACGCAAAAUCCCUCGCGUUUCGUGAGAGGCCACAGAGUUAGGAUUAAAAUCGUUUGGUCCUUGUCGGCCGCAUCGUCUGACAAUGAAGUUCUUGGACCAACUCAAAUUACUCGUAUGGAAAAACUUUACGCUUCGAAAGCGUCAGCACCUGAGAAAUUUGGUGGAAAUUGUUUGGCCACUAGUGCUCUUUAUAAUUCUGGUUGCAAUACGUAAUCGUAAAAAUUAUGGUGCUACAAAUAUGCCUGAUAGUAUUUACAGACCACGUGCACUUCCAUCAGCUGGUUUUUUCCCAUUUGCAAGAUCAUUUUUGUGUGACUUUAAAAACACAAAAACAAAUGAUCCUGAUGAGCUGCUGAAUGGAUUGCCAAAUCUGAGAAGUUCAAGUUUGGGUAGAUUGAUUGAGGAUGCCCUUCCUCUUAUGGCAAACAGCACAACUAGAGAAAGAAUUCUUAGAAUUAAUUCAGAUCGCUCAAAUUUUGAGAGGGAUUAUCAAGCUUGGUCUGACUUAGUGAGAUCUAGGCAACUACAGUGGCGUGGAUAUAAUCUAUCAGCUGUCCCACUUGACCAGUUACUGAAGGAUCCUGCUGAAUUUCAGGAAUUUCUUUACAACAAAACUAAUCUCAGCCCAAGAGUGAUAUCAAAGCUCUUAAGUAGCACAGUGAAUGUGCAAAAGAUUGCAGAAUUUGCUCAGCCAUAUAUGAUGUCAACACCAGACUCAUUAUCAUGGCCACCUCAAAAUCCACUCAGCUACUUUCCAUUCCUGUCAUCUGGUGAAAGCCAACAAAGGAACUUACUUUGGGCUCUGCUUUUAUGGAGAAUUGAAGAUAGUCUUAGGUCUGAAGGAAGAGUCAGUGGAAGUCUUGUGAGGCAGGUCAUCUGUGAUGCUCAAUCUCCAGUUAAUCUUGGAGAAAUUCUCAGUGGCCCUGGAAAUGUGAUCAUGUGCAAGAACCAAUCAAAAAGCAUGUACAAUUCAGCUUAUGAUAUAGUUUAA